AAGGCGCGUGUCUCACUGGCAACUGUGCAUGGAGUCUAGUAUAUAUGUGGGCUCCAGCAGGAUAUUUUAGUCUCUCGUGUGUGUGUAAGCCUUCCAGCGUGUGCCAGCGCGGUACUCUGUACUUGCUUUCCUUGUAGUGAAGCCAUGAAGAAAGACGACCAGCUGGAGUGGUGGAAAUGGCCUGGCGUCCUUUUGGUGUCCUUGUUGCUUCCCUUCGCUGCUGCUCAACAGAGCGGGACGGAACAUGUUGGCCUGGUGCGUCUCUCCGGGGGGCAAGGACCUCACGAGGGCAAUGUACAGGUCGAGGUGAAUGGUGAAUGGGGCUACGUUUGUGACGAUGGCUUCGGCUUCGAUGAAGCUGACAUAGUGUGUAAGGAGCUCGGCUACGACGUGGCGGAGACGUUCACUCGAAACAACCACUUCGGUGAUAAUUCUGCAGCAUGGCGUCGAAGCUCAGUCAAGUUUUGGUUGAGUGACGUCGACUGUUCUUUGGCCACCAGCCUCAAUGCCUGCACCUCUGCUCGUCUAGGACAGCACCAGUGUGCCCCCACUGAGAUCGCAGGCGUGUCGUGUCGAAGGGCGGAGGCGCAUUGCGAGACAAGCCUGUUCCCUUGCAGCACAGGAGGAGUGUGUUUGCCUCGCGAGUCAGUAUGUGACAACGUUACUGACUGUGAAGAUGGAAGUGACGAGGCUGAGACACUCUGCGAGGAUGUGGGUGCCACCAGGUUAACGUCAAACCUCGCCAAUGCCAAUAUCCCUGGCGCUGCCCUGGGACUGGUGUACAUCAAGAAUAAAGGCGUGUGGGGCACUGUGUGCGACACGGAUUUUGACAACGCUGAUGCCAAGGUUAUUUGCCGAAGUCUUGGGUACGAGGGUGGAUGGAGCUUGGCGUUCAGCAGGGGUUACUUCGGGGUGGGCAGCUUGGAAACCCCGAUAUGGGUUGGUUCACCUGGCUGUCUGGGCGAUGAAGAGUGGAUUGGCCAGUGUGCUCUUGAAAGAUCAGAUGAAGUCUCCUGUGUCCAUAUUGAGGAUGCCAGUGUAUUCUGCUAUGAUGGGGAGGCGGAGGUGCGACUGGCGGGUGAUGGAGAGCAAGGGACUGGAGUCGUAGAGAUGCGUCUUGGAGGUGAAUGGGGAGCUGUGUGCGACUCUCGCUUUGAUGACUUCGAUGCUCAGGUGGUGUGCAAGAUGCUGGGUUACAAUGGGGACGACAGUCGGGCGUACAAACAGGCUGGAGGUGCCGCACGUACUGUGUGGCAGAUGCAUCUUGACUGUCUCGGCCAUGAGACACACGUGCAACAAUGCCGCUUAAGGUUCAACAACGAAACCUGUAGCAGCACUGCCGGAGUCGUAUGCUCCUCCACAUCAGGAGCCCUGAAUUCUGGCUUGCAGUCGCUGCUGCCGAAACAGUGUGGAGAUGCAGAGGAUGCCUCCCAAUUCUUCCUCACUCGUCUGGCGAGAGUUCGCUUCGGCGAAACUCCCACGCGUUUUGACCACCCGUGGUUAGUGUCUCUUCGUCGGCAGCGACUUGGUUCUGGCGUAGAGGGAGUAUUGCAGUGUGGCGGCACCAUCAUUUCAGAGUACUACAUAGUGACAGCAACGCACUGCCUCUCACGGCUAGGCUCCCUUAACCUAGUGGUGCGCGUUGGGGACUACAUGGCAAACCUCCGCGAGCAGAGCGAAGAGGAGUAUUUGAUUGACAAGAUUUGGAAGCACGAGGAAUUCUCACUAUAUUCUUUCAAUGACAACGACGUUGCUCUCUUGAAAGUGCGACCAAAGAAUGGCCGUGGAAUAAGGUUUAGCUCAAAAGUCAUGCCCCUGUGUCUGCCGCGCGUUGGUGAAACAUACGAGGACCUUCAGGAUUGUUCCAUCGUCGGCUGGGGACCCACCUCAUUUGGAGGGGCGGAUUCAAAUCAGCCAAAUGUUGGUAAAGUCAUCAUCAGACCAGACCGUGACUGUGAGGAGGCCUAUGUCAAAGGCACCAAUAAUUUUACGUCGUCCUUCGUAUGUGCCGGAAAUCUCUUGGGUAGUGUCAACUCCUGCAUUGGUGACUCUGGCGGCCCCUUAUCCUGCAGGCGACCAGGGGAGACCAAGAAGUCGCUCUACGGCAUCGUCUCCUUCGGCAGCAGCUGCAAAGCGUUUUUGGCUCCAGACAGCCUCACUCGCGUCACGAAGUAUUUAAGAUGGAUUUAUGAGAAGAUGUCGCAAAGCAGUUGAUUUUGAAUGUGAGUAUCCAUAAUAUGGAGCCCACCAUAUCUUCCCCUGAUUCUUUUAUACAAUAAUAAAAAAAAAUGUAUUAUUUUUAUUGAAUUUUAUCGAUGGAGUCAUACUGUCUGCAAAUGAAUCAUAAAUGAGAGGAUCAUGAAAGAGGUAGUAGCUGUCCUCUAUCCACGUUCUUGAUUUUGUAAAUUCAUCCUAAUCUGGUAAUUUCGGACAUUAAAAUCACUUAUCACCAUAAACUGUAGAAAUCAUUUGACAGAGGAAAUGGCUAAUGUCACUUUCAAUUAACCUGUUGUAAUAGUUAUCUUGUACCUGUUCUGUAGUUAAUAAAUUGGUACCUGAAGAAACUUA